AUGGCAGACCGUCCCCCUUCGUUGCCCCCCGUCCGAGAUGACCAGCGAGAGGCCGAGAUUCUAUCACAACAUCUUCAUCCCCAAUUCACCGGCUCCCUUCCUGAAGGAUCUCCCCUUCAGACCCGUGCUGCAGCUGAAGCAUCCUCCAGUUCAGACAAUCCUGAACAACAGUCAUCACUGAAGCUCCUGGGUGGUGACAUCCAUCGCGAUCUCUACCGGCUCGAGGCCAAGGCCAAACAAGCUCUGCAAGAAAGACGAGCCGCCAGCUUUUCUUAUCCUGUCCGACCUCCCGAUGAUGCGAUAGAAGAAGGCGUGGCUGCCAUGGAACCUGGCAGCUUUCGGCGGCACUUUGUACAACAGAAAAAGGGCUGGGCCAGCGAUGCACUGGUCGCCCGCUCGUUCCUCGAUUUCCUCGACCUGUAUGGUAGUUUCGCCGGCGAGGAUUUAGCGGAGACAGAGGAUGAGUCUGCGAUUGCAACGGAAGAUCUCGAGCAUGAGCCCGAGCGAAGGCCUCUGCUAGGUCGGCGGAGAACAACUCGAGCACCUCGUCCUGGGGACGCGUCUCGGGUCAAGACUUUUUUCACACUACUGAAAGCGUUCAUUGGGACGGGAAUUAUCUUCCUGCCCAAGGCCUUUCGCAACGGUGGCAUUCUCUUCUCAUCGGUCGCGCUGGUCACGGUCGCGGCGGUCACGAGUCUCUGCUUCCAUCUUCUGCUGGAGUGUCGGAAAGGACAUGGGGGCGGUUAUGGUGAUAUCGGUGAGCGUAUAGCAGGGCCUCGGUUCCGAUCACUCAUUCUGGGGUCCAUCACCAUUUCCCAACUUGGCUUUGUUUGCACAGGUAUCAUCUUCACUGCGGACAAUGUUCGGGCGGUCUUGUCAGCAGUCGCUGAAAAUAGCGAAAAAGUUCUGUCCACCAACAUCCUCAUCGCACUCCAAUUAGCUGUUCUUGUGCCGCUGGCAUUCAUCCGAAACAUCUCCAAACUGGGACCAGCGGCGCUCCUCGCGGACAUUUUCAUCCUCAUGGGUCUUGCGUACAUUUAUUACUACGAUGUUGCGACCAUUGCGUCCCGACAUGGGUUGCACUCGUCAGUUGAACUGUUCAAUCCCAAGUCGUUUACCUUGACCAUCGGCUCCUGCAUCUUCACUUUCGAAGGUAUCGGUCUCAUCCUCCCCAUCCAAUCGUCCAUGAAACACCCAGAGAGAUUCGACGGGCUCCUCUAUACUGUCAUGAUCAUCAUCACCGUGCUCUUCACCGCGGUCGGCGCUCUUUCCUACGGCGCCUUUGGUUCCGACACGAAGAUCGAAGUCAUCAACAAUCUUCCCCAGGGAGACAAGUUUGUGAACGCUAUGCAGUUCCUCUACUCGAUGGCGAUCCUGAUCGGUGUUCCGGUACAGCUGUUCCCCGCCGUUCGGAUCAUGGAGGGCAAACUGUUCGGUCAGGUGUCGGGCAAGCGAGACCCUUGGAUCAAGUGGAAAAAGAACGUCUUCCGAUCGUUGAUCGUGUUGGCUUGCGCUGUGAUGUCGGCCGUCGGUGCUGCUGAUUUGGACAAGUUUGUCUCGUUGAUUGGCUCGUUUGCUUGUGUUCCUCUGGUCUACAUUUACCCGGCGUACUUGCACUGGAAGGGGGUUGCAGACUCUCCCUUGGCUAAAUUCGGCGACCUUACAAUGGUGGUGCUGGGGUUUGUCUUUAUGAUUUAUACGACGUUGUCUACUGCUUCGGUAUGGAUUCAAGGGCAUAAGUAA